UCGAAAAUCGAAAAUCGAAAAUCGAAAGGUGGUGAACCCAAAAUCACUAAUUAAUAUACUUUGAGUAAAAAGCACUACUUAUUAUAUCAAUAAAUAUUUGUUUCAAUCAGUCAGUCAGAGAACAUUUUUUUUUUUUUGUUUUUGCUCCCUUGGAGUCUGAAAUGCAAGAAAUUUCCUCUCUCCUGAAGCAUUUCCAGGAAGAUAAGUGCUUGGAUUGGGUGGAUUGCAGAACUGCAAAGUGUCAUGAGGGUAGGAAAUACUAGCAAGUGCAAUACUUGUUGCGUGUACUCAUGUCGUCUGCCAGCUUAGGAAAUGGGGGAGUUGGAAGUUCCAGGUCCGUUAAUGGUUUCAAAAGUUCGUCUAGUUCUGUGGAUUGGCUGGGCAGGGAGAUGCUUGAGAUGAGAUUAAGGGACAAGGUGGACCAUGACGAGGACAGAGAUAGUGAACCCGAUGUAAUUGAUGGUGUGGGUGCAGAAGCUGGGCAUGUCAUCAGGACCACUAUUGGUGGUCGAAAUGGUCAAUCUAGGCAGACUAUCAGUUAUAUAGCAGAACAUGUGGUUGGAACCGGUUCCUUUGGUGUUGUCGUUCAAGCGAAAUGUAGGGAAACUGGAGAGAUUGUUGCCAUCAAGAAAGUUCUCCAAGACAAACGCUACAAGAACAGGGAGUUACAGAUUAUGCAAAUGCUGGAUCAUCCAAAUAUCGUUGCCCUUAAACACAGCUUCUUUUCUACUACAGACAAGGAAGAGCUCUACCUAAAUCUUGUUCUUGAAUACGUUCCUGAAACUGUUAAUCGUAUUGCUAGGAACUACAGCAGGAUGAACCAACGAAUGCCUUUAAUAUAUGUUAAACUCUACACCUACCAGAUAUGUCGGGCGCUUGCCUACAUACACAAUUGCAUUGGUAUUUGUCACCGUGACAUCAAGCCUCAAAACUUACUGGUGAAUCCAUCCACACAUCAGCUGAAACUUUGUGAUUUUGGGAGUGCUAAAGUGCUGGUGAAAGGUGAGCCAAAUGUCUCGUACAUAUGUUCAAGAUACUAUCGGGCUCCAGAACUGAUAUUUGGUGCUACCGAGUACACAACUGCUAUUGAUAUAUGGUCUACUGGUUGUGUGAUGGCUGAGUUGCUACUUGGGCAGCCUUUGUUUCCUGGUGAAAGUGGAGUUGACCAACUAGUUGAGAUCAUUAAGGUUCUGGGAACACCAACCAGGGAGGAGAUAAAGUGCAUGAACCCAAACUAUACAGAAUUUAAGUUCCCACAGAUAAAGCCUCAUCCAUGGCACAAAGUCUUCCAAAAGCGUUUACCCCCAGAAGCAGUAGACCUCGUCUGUAGGUUUUUCCAGUACUCUCCUAAUUUGCGAUGCACUGCUUUGGAAGCCUGUGUUCACCCUUUCUUUGAUGAAUUGAGAGAUCCAACCACCCGCCUUCCAAAUGGUCGCCCUCUUCCUCCACUAUUUAAUUUUAAACCCCAGGAGCUCUCGGGCAUACCGACUGAUAUUGUCAACAGGCUCAUUCCAGAGUAUGCUCGUAAACAGAACUUAUUCAUGGCGUUGCACACCUAGGAAUUGUUGCAGCAACCUUGGUUCUACUCAUCUUCCAUGCCGUUGUCUUGUAUCAAAACUUGUAAAAAUUUCCUCCUCUUAUCAUCCUCUACCUGAUAUGAGAAAGAGUGCUGCGAAAGGAGUUGGGAUAAAUUGUGAAACCUGAGGCUUUAAAGUUUGCUUGUUGGUGAAGGUGUAUUUUUGUUGUUACUUGGAGACGACUGCAACUCGUGAUGUAUAUUUAUGGUAUGCCCAUCAUUAUAGCUUGUCAUUUACUUAGAAUUAA